GCCGCUUCCGGAGGCCCGAAACGCCCGCUCUCCCCUUCUUCCCCCUCUUCCUCCUCUCCCGGUCUUCUCCCCCACUUCUCGCGGCACCGCGGCCACGUUUCACUCGUCCGCGCGAAGCAAGCACGCAUGGAGGUACGGCAGAGGAGGGUGGCACCGCCGGGAGUGGCUGCCGCGGGCGGCGCGGCGCGUCGGUCGGCGGGGGCGGGGGCGACGAGGGCGCUGCAGGCCGGGGACGCGCUGCCGCUGCCGAUCCGGCACACCAACCUCAUCUUCUCGGCGCUCUUCGCGGCGUCGCUCGCCUACCUGAUGCGGCGGUGGCGCGAGAAGAUCCGCUCCUCCACGCCGCUCCACGUCCUCGGCCUCACCGAGAUCCUCGCCGUCUUCGGCCUCGUCGCCUCCCUUAUCUACCUCCUCAGCUUCUUCGGCAUCGCCUUCGUCCAGUCAAUCGUCUCCUCCACCGACGAGGACGAGGACUUCCUCGUUGGGUCCCGCGCGGGGGCGCCGGCGCCGGCGCAGUGCGGGCUGCUCGGGAGCGCAGACGCGGUGACUGAGAAAAUGCCCGAAGAGGACGAGGAGAUCGUGGCCUCGGUCGUCUCCGGGAAAACCCCGUCCUACGUGCUGGAGACCAAGCUGGGCGAUUGCCGCCGCGCCGCGGGCCUCCGCCGCGAGGCGGUCCGGCGGAUCACGGGGAGGCAGAUCGAGGGGCUCCCGCUCGACGGCUUCGACUACGCGUCCAUUCUCGGGCAGUGCUGCGAGCUUCCCGUUGGGUACGUCCAGCUUCCCGUCGGCAUCGCCGGCCCGCUCCUGCUCGAUGGCCAGCGGUUCUACGUGCCCAUGGCGACCACCGAGGGCUGCCUCGUCGCCAGCACCAACCGCGGCUGCAAGGCCAUCGCCGAGUCCGGCGGCGCCACCAGCGUGGUGCUCCGGGACGCCAUGACGCGGGCACCCGUCGCCCGCUUCCCUACAGCCCGCCGCGCUGCCGAGCUCAAAGCCUUCUUGGAGGACCCUGCCAACUUUGACACGCUCUCUGUGGUCUUCAACAGGUCGAGCAGAUUCGGUAGGCUGCAGGGGGUGCAGUGUGCGAUGGCGGGGAGGAACAUAUACAUGAGAUUCAGCUGCAGCACAGGGGACGCCAUGGGGAUGAACAUGAUCUCCAAGGGCGUGCAGAAUGUGUUGGAUUACCUCCAGGAUGACUUCCCUGACAUGGAUGUCAUUAGCAUAUCAGGUAACUUCUGUUCUGACAAGAAGCCAGCUGCUGUGAAUUGGAUCGAGGGGCGUGGAAAGUCUGUGGUUUGUGAGGCAGUAAUCAACGAGGAAAUUGUGAGAAAGGUUUUGAAGACCAAUGUUCAGUCACUAGUAGAACUAAAUGUGAUCAAGAAUCUUGCUGGCUCGGCUGUUGCUGGAGCUCUUGGGGGUUUUAAUGCCCACGCCAGCAAUAUUGUAACGGCCAUCUUCAUAGCCACUGGCCAGGAUCCUGCACAGAAUGUGGAAAGUUCUCACUGCAUCACAAUGUUGGAAGCUGUAAAUGAUGGCAAAGACCUUCACAUCUCCGUCACUAUGCCAUCAAUUGAGGUGGGCACGGUUGGGGGUGGGACGCAGUUGGCAUCGCAGUCCGCGUGCCUGGACCUUCUUGGUGUGAAAGGCGCGAACAGGGAAUCCCCAGGAUCAAACGCGAGGCUUCUGGCCACUGUGGUGGCAGGCGGGGUCCUGGCCGGCGAGCUGUCCCUCCUGUCCGCCCUUGCUGCUGGCCAGCUCGUCAAGAGCCACAUGAAGUACAACCGGUCCAGCAGAGACAUGUCCAAGGCCGCAUCUUUAAGCUCUUGAUUUGACAAGUUACUGAGGAAAUCAAUGCACAAAUCCUGAAGGUAAAAUGCUCUCUGACUUGGAAGAAAAGUGAAGGGGCAGGAAGGUUGAGUCGCGACUUCAUCAAAGAGUGGUGAAGAACUCGUCAACGUCAAUUCGUCGACAUCAAGAGUGAAGUGUUUGUAUUGUGAGAUUGCCAUGGCUGCAGAAGCAGAGUGUCCGUGAGUUUGACCUAUUUAUUUGGUGGUGUCGGCCGGUCUUGUCCAGCCAUUAAACCCGCGUCGUUGUCCGCCCUUGGUGCUGCCGCCGCCGGCUGACAUCAGCCGCACCGGGACACCGGAGGAGCUAACCAUUGUUCUGUUUCUGUUUGUGGUUUACCUUGUGCAGAAAGUGUAGAGAUCUUUUGCAACAUGAAAGUGUAGGUCGAGCUGUCCCCUUGCUUCAGGAAACUAGUGCUAGCGUUUUAGCAUUUGAUCUCUGCCCCUUUCGCUUCUGGAAGCUAAGAUUAGCCUUUGUAUCUGUUUCUUUCACCCUUUGUUUUCUUUUCUUCUUAUGGAACAUUGUCGAAGUUGGGAUGUGAUUGAAGCGAUUUGUAAAAAGAUGCUGUGGGUCAUGUGGUGGUUCUCGUGUGUUCUGGAGAGCAUCAUGGCAGUUUCCUCC